AUGUCAAUAAUUACUCAAGACACUCAAACAGGCAUACCCUCCGGAUUACCAGAGGGUGCAAUUUGCGUUCAAAGAUUCGAUGAUUCACAGGUUGCAAUUCACAUUACUUUUCGCAUUUCGCUGCGUUUGAAUCAUGCAAAUCCACCUCAAAAUUAUGCUGCUGCCUUCCUUGGACGUGGUAGCCGUUUCUCAAGCUCCCUCUCCGGUGUCAUGCCCAAACACCUGUUACCCGUUACCACCAUGGUAGGCCUUUAUCCUACCAUCAAAAGUUUGAUAGGGCAGAAAUUUAAAUGA